AGCAAAAAAAGAAAAUAAUCAAUUCACAAUCAAAAAGCGCACUUGAAAAUUGAAAUAAAUAAUUCUUGUUACAACCUCAAUUUAUAUCGCUUAAACCUCUCACACUUUCUAGGGUUUUAUUUUAUCACUCCCGUUUCACACUAAAACAAUGGCGACUCGCUCCAUUUCUAGGGUUUUAUCGCGCUCCCUCUCCUCUCUCCGCGUCAAAUCGCCGUCAUGCCACCACUCCACUAUUUCUCGUCCCCGCCCUCUCGCAGCCGUUGUCGACACUUUCCGUCAAAUCUCUCCGGCGGCGACGAUCGCUCGCGGUUUCGCCACUCGACAAACGACGUCGUCGCUGAACGAUUCGAGCCCCAACUGGUCUAAUCGACCUCCGAAAGAGACGAUUUUGUUGGAUGGGUGUGAUUUUGAACACUGGCUUGUGGUGGUUGAGAAACCCGAGGGGGAUCCGACCCGGGAUGAGAUUAUUGAUGGAUAUAUCAAAACACUGGCUUCUAUUGUUGGAAGUGAGGAUGAAGCUAGAAUGAAAAUUUACUCUGUAUCAACCAGGCAUUAUUAUGCAUUUGGAGCCCUUGUCUCUGAAGAACUUUCUUACAAGUUGAAAGAAUUGCCACAUGUGCGGUGGGUGCUUCCCGACUCCUACUUGGAUGUGAAAAAUAAGGAUUACGGAGGCGAGCCAUUUAUUAAUGGGCAGGCUGUACCAUAUGAUCCUAAGUACCACGAGGAGUGGGUAAGAAACAAUGCCCGAGCUAAUGAGAGAAAUAGGCGCAAUGAUAGACCUCGCAACAAUGAUAGAUCAAGGAACUUUGAAAGAAGAGGUAAUAAUAUGCAGCAGCAGAGAGGCGGCCCCCCUGGCGGCAUGGGAGGCGGCCCCCCUGGCGGCAUGGGAGGCGGCCCCCCUGGGACCAUGGGAGGCGGCCCUCCUGGCAACAUGGGAGGAGGCCCCCCCGGCAACAUGGGAGGAGGCCCCCCCGGCAACAUGGGAGGCGGCCCUCCGGGAAACAUGGGAGGCGGCCCCCCUGGUAACAUGGGAGGCGGCCCUCCUGGCAACGUGAGAGGCGGGCCCCCUGGCGGCAUGGGAGGCGGCCCUUAUGGCAACAUGGGAGGCGGCCCACCUGGCAACUUGGGGCAGAUGCAGAAUAAUAUGGGACAGAUGCAACACGGCAACAUGGGACCAAUGGGAGGUCCAUCACAAAACAUGGGAGGAGCGCAACACAGGCAAACUGAAAGUUUUGAGCAGAGGAACAUGCCAAGCAAUGGCGGCUAUCCAUCUGGUCCAGGUCCGGACAGAGGGUAUCAGAACAGCUACCCUCCGAACACAGCUGGUGGAAACUAUCAAUAAGAAUGCUUUAUUGCUGAAGCCAUGUUCAAGUUGAAUGACCCUUUUUGUAAAUGAUCUUCCGGUGUAGGAUUAAGUGUUCAUUUUAGUAUCUAUGUACCCUGGAUGCUUAUCUGUGGAACUCAGUCACUUGUCGAGUUUAUUGCAUAUGUAGACUUGCAUUGUUGCUGUUUUAUCUUUAAAUGCUCAGGGGGGAAAUGAGUACUUGCACGAACUGUAUACUUUCACUUGGAUAUUUGUCUAUCUUUAAAUUCUCUGUAGAGACGAUUAUUUGUGUAAA